CCAAAACCAAAACAGAACAAAAAUAAACAAUCAUAAGGCGAGUAAUCAUGCCUCAAACCACCACCGUGAUCUUCAUCCUAGCCACAUUGUUAGUGGCCGCUACGGUUGUUUCAGGACAGACACCACAUAGUCCGGUGGCUCCUAGUCCUUUAAUAAACGAAGCUCUGAACUGUGCAGCAGGGUUGACUGUUUGUUUGCCGGCGUUUGCUCCGGGAGGAACUCCGUCCCAGGAAUGUUGUACCGCCAUAGAGACGGCGGUUAAAACGCAGCUAUCGUGUCUUUGCGGCUUUAUCAAGGCCCCAGUGUUGGUGGUCCCUUUCAAUAUCACUGCCUUCAAUGCUCUUAUCUCCAAGAAUUGUGGAAUCAAUACAGAUACCAACUUGUGUUCAGAAACUACUGCUCAAGCUCCAUUGCCGCAUACGACGGCACCACCUCCAGGUGCACCCAAACCUGACAAGGCUACUGCAAGCAAACUCGCAGAAACUGGUUUGGUCGGAAUCGUCUUGAUCAUGAUCUCUGUGAUAUUUUAUUAACAUAUCCAUGUAAAGCUAAAAUUGGUUUGGUUCGAUUUGAUGGCUUUGUAUGUUAAUUUGUUUUAUUCAAAAUUACG